GGAAUAUAACUUCUGCUUGGAAACGUGUCACGUCAGCCGGUUGGAUUGACUUUUGGCAACUGGAAAUCUACGUUUGAAUGGUGGUGUUUUAUGUGAAUUUCUCCAAGAAUCGGUAUUUAUUUGGCUAGAAAUGCUGACCAAAUUUGAAACAAAAUCUGCGCGUGUAAAAGGAAUAUCUUUUCAUGCCAAGCGACCAUGGGUUUUGGCAAGUUUACACAAUGGUGUUAUCCAGUUAUGGGAUUACCGUAUGUGUACUUUACUGGAGAAAUUCGAUGAGCACGAUGGUCCUGUACGUGGCAUUUGCUUCCACAUUCAACAACCUUUAUUCGUGUCCGGAGGAGAUGACUAUAAAAUCAAGGUAUGGAAUUACAAACAGAGAAGAUGCCUCUUCACCUUGUUAGGACAUUUGGAUUAUAUACGCACAACUUUCUUUCACCAUGAAUACCCUUGGAUCUUGAGUGCUUCAGAUGAUCAGACUAUAAGAAUAUGGAAUUGGCAGUCUCGUCAAUGCAUCAGUGUCCUCACUGGCCAUAAUCACUAUGUUAUGUGCGCGCAAUUCCAUCCAACAGAAGACUUAUUGGUCUCUGCUUCCCUAGACCAGUCAGUUCGAGUGUGGGACUUCUCAGGGCUACGGAAGAAGAGUGUGGCACCAGGUCCAGCCGGCUUAGCUGAACAUUUGAGGAAUCCACAAGCGACAGAUCUCUUCGGCCAGGUAUAUGCUGAUGCUGUAGUGAAACAUGUGCUAGAAGGCCACGACCGCGGCGUCAAUUGGGCCUCAUUCCACUCAACAUUGCCGCUCAUAGUGUCUGCCGCGGACGACAGACAAGUGAAGCUGUGGCGAAUGAACGAUGCAAAGGCAUGGGAAGUGGACACGUGCCGCGGGCACUAUAACAACGUAUCGUGCGUUCUAUUCCACGCUCGACACGAACUCAUACUCUCCAAUAGCGAGGACAAAUCCAUCCGAGUAUGGGAUAUGACCAAGAGGACUUGUUUGCACACGUUCCGAAGGGAGCAUGAGAGGUACUGGGUGUUAGCGUCGCAUCCCAGUUUGAAUCUGUUCGCGGCGGGCCACGACGCCGGCAUGAUAUUGUUCAAGCUGCAACGUGAGAGGCCCGCGUAUGCGGUCCACAACAAUAUGCUGUUCUACAUCAAAGACAGACAAUUGCGUAAGUUGGACAUGCAGACUAAUCGUGAUUCACCGGUGAUGCAGAUCAAAGGAGGCGGACGCCACCAGCCUUAUAGCAUGUCAUUGAAUCACGCGGAAUGGUGCGUAUUGGUGAACUGGCGUAUAGGGGAGAAUAGCUCUUAUGAGCUGUACAGCGCGCCAAGGGACAACGCUGAAGCGCCGCCUUCGGAACCGGCAAGAGGACCGGCCACUACUGCCGUUUGGGUUGCGAGGAAUAGAUUCGCUGCCCUGGAGAAAAAUAAUCAGUUGGUUAUAAAGAACUUGAAGAAUGAGGUGUCAAAGAAAAUCUCGACACCCACCUGCGAAGAAAUUAUGUACGCCGGAACUGGUAUGCUUCUAUUGAGAGAACCAGAUUGCGUCCAACUAUUGGACGUCCAGCAGAAGAGGACUAUUGCAAGCGUGAAAAUAGCAAAGUGCCGUUACGCCAUAUGGAACGCGGAUAUGUCCCUAGUGGCCUUACUGGGAAAGCACACGGUCACUCUUUGUAGUAAGAAGCUAGAACAACUAUGCAGCGUGACUGAAGGGGCCAGAGUCAAAUCUGGAGCUUUCGACGAUUCCACCCCUCAACCUGUGUUUAUAUACACAACUGCUAACCAUAUCAAGUACUGCUGUAAGGAUGGUGAUUACGGCAUCAUUCGCACGUUGGAUGUGCCCGUUUAUGCGGUGAAAGUACUCGCGAGCGAAGCAGGUGCGCGUGUAGUGUGUCUCGAUAGGGAGUGCCGACCGAAAGUACUGAAUAUCGACCCAACAGAAUACAGAUUCAAACUGGCAUUAUUGACACGUCAGUACGACCAAGUGCUUCACAUGGUGAGAACGGCCAAACUUGUAGGACAAAGUAUCAUCGCCUAUCUGCAGGAUAAAGGUUAUCCAGAGGUUGCCCUACAUUUCGUGAAGGAUCCGCGCACCAGAUUAUCUCUGGCCUUACAAUGUGGUAAUACAGAAGUUGCCUUGGAAGCUGCCAAGAGCUUGGACGAGCCAGACGCGUGGGAUAAACUGGCCAAAGCAGCCUUGUCAACUGGCAACCAUCAGAUCGUGGAAAUGUGCUACCAACGAACCAAAAACUUCGAGAAGCUUUCUUUCCUCUAUCUCAUAACUGGCAACUUGGAGAAACUACGUAAGAUGAUGAAAAUAGCCGAGAUAAGGAAGGAUGUGUCUGCGCAGUUCCAAGGAGCUAUUCUUCUAGGAGACGUGAAGGAAAGGAUUCGACUACUCAAGAAUACGGGACAGCUUUCGCUCGCGUAUUUGACGGCGCUCAACCACAAUCAGACAGAGGAAGUGACACAACUGAAGGCAGCUCUUGAGAGCGCAGGGCUCCCAUUACCAAAAGCUAAUCCGCAGGCCGAGGUGCUUCGCCCCCCGUUACCAGUGUUACGGGCACAACCAAAUUGGCCGCUACUAGCUGUAUCGAAGAGUUUCUUCGAAGUAGCGAGUGCAGUGAGAGGGCCAGAUUCCGAUCCAACGGCUGUGGCAGCGGUCGGUGAUGAACCUUUAGAAGCUGCUGGUGCUUGGGGAGAUGACGAUGACGAUGUACUGAAGGAAAAGGAGGAAGGAGAACCAGAGGAACCUAUGGAAGACGCUUGCGAUGAUGGUGGUUGGGAUGUUGGUGACGAAGACCUGGAUCUACCCGAGGAGUUGGCACCCGUGUCUGCCGACAUUGAUGGUGGUGACGAGGCAGCCCAGUACUUCGUGGCGCCCACGCGUGGGACGAGCGUCGCGUUGCUGGGCAAACUGAGAACCGCCCACGAUCACAUCGCCACGGGACAGUUCGAGAUCGCCUUCAGAUUGUUGAACGAGCAAGUGGGCAUAGUGAACUUCGAUCCCUACUUGGACACAUUCCUGGGAAUGUACGCGGGCGCCAGAAUGACGUUCGUCGCGUUGCCGAUGGUGCCGCCCCUGGUGGCUCAUUUGCACCGCAACUGGAAGGAGGCCAGCGGGAAGGAUCUACUGCCUAUUAUCACGCUCAAGCUCAACGACCUCGUCAGCCAGUUGCAGCAGUGUUAUCAACUCGUCACCGCCGGCAAAUUCACCGAAGCCGUUGACAAGUUGCAGAGGAUAGCUCAAUGCAUACCACUAUUGCACGUCGACGCUAAACCGGAGCUGACUGAAGCCACGCAGUUGCUGCAAAUCUGUAGGGAAUAUCUGCUCGGAUUACAGAUGGAGACUGCUAGGAAAGCAAUGCCGAAGAACACUUUGGACGAACAGAAGCGCACAUGCGAGAUGGCCGCUUACUUCACUCACUGCAAGCUCCAGCCCGUGCAUCAAAUCCUCACGCUCAGAACGGCCCUCAACAUGUUCUUCAAGCUUAAGAACUUCAGAACUGCGGCUUCUUUCGCGAGACGCCUGCUAGAACUCGGACCGCGGCCCGAAGUCGCCCAACAAGCGAGGAAAAUCCUACAAGCUUGCGAGAAAACGCCCACAGACGAACACCAACUUUACUACGAUGAACACAAUCCUUUCAACAUCUGCGGAAUAUCCUACAAGCCCAUUUACAGAGGGAAGCCCGAAGAGAAAUGCUCCCUUUGCGCUGCGAGUUUCCUACCGGAACACAAAGGGAAGUUGUGCCCAGUUUGCGGGGUAGCCGAAAUAGGCAAAGACGUGUUAGGGCUCAGAAUUUGCCCACUACAAUUCCAGAGAUAAGUUUGUUGAUUAUAAUUACUUUAUAUUAUAUUAUCAUUAUUCUUGAUUUAUAUCGGUAACUGUAAGAUUAUAAUUAUAUAUAGUAUAUAUUAUAAAUAGAAUAAAUUUCACAUCGCGUUUCAUUCACGUUUCGUGUGUGUGUGAAUAUGUUUUCCUAGUUAUAUAAUUAAUAUUACAGAUGUCCUUCGGUAUUUUUCUAUAUAAUAUAAAAUAUGAAUAAUAUAAUAUGAAAAAAUAAGAUAAUUAUGUUGAUGAAAUAAGAUAAAAUGCUACUGAUCGUCCGUUUGAAUAUUUCAAAUUGAAUAAAGUGCCAGAAUUAU